CAUCCAUGAAGAGGGGCUGCGGGGGCGGGGUAAUGUUGGAGUGUAUCCGCUUGGCCGUUUGCUCGGCUGCCCGUUUAAUAUCUGCCCGCGUCUCUUCCUCGCCGCCGCUCCGCGCGCUGCCGUGUGCGCUCCCGGGACCUGGGCAGGUUAGUGACGCUAAUUUCUUCCGUUGCUACGGAUGCGUGCCUACGCGCCAGUCUCCGCUUGUCUCGGGAGCUGGUACUGCGCUACUAUUGCUCUUCGCCGGAAGCUUCGGGAGAGGGCUUCGUCUGCGUUUGUUGUUGCCGGCUUAGCGCGCAGGAUUG